UUUAGUUUAGACGGUAGAAUUCUCUGAUGUAGGAGACAUUUAAUGCUGAAAAAAAUCGGAAAUCUUUCCAAACUGUUGAACGGAUAUUGAUAUAUCGAAGACAAAAAAGUGCAAGAUGUCGGGGUGUACGAGAUUUGUCCUAGCUUUUUUGUUCGGGAUCUGGUCAGUUUUGGGAGUGCUAGCAAUUUGUCAGAAGGUUCAGACAAAUGCUAAAUCAACGAGGGGUUUAAUAGCGAACACUACUGUGCCCUUUCACACGAUCACGCUACCGUACGGUCAAUGUAUUGAGCGGUGUUGGAGAACCUCAUCGUGCACGUUCAUGCAGUUUGACGAAAGCACGUCCCUGUGUCAGUUGUAUACCCAGGCUGUCCCAACGCCGGGGGAAGGGACGAGGCAGAUAGUCUCCAUGGCAGACUUUACUCCUGCCUUCCCCGCCUGUACCUGUGCCCCAGGCCACAUGUGUGUAGAGACGUCCGUUGGGCAACAGUGCAUACGGCUGAAGUAACGCUCACAGACAGCAACAUGGCAUGGAAGAAAUAGCUCUUGUUUUUGAAUGCCUAUUUCUGCAAACGCUCAUGGAAUGGUUAAAUUAAAAAAGAA